AUGAAAUUAUUGGUGCUAGCGGCGUUCAUCGCCGUCGUCUCUUCAGGCCGUCUGAGUAAACAACAGCCUGAGAGCCAGCAAGAAUUUGCUUGGCAAACUGGCAAACAGUACCGCUACGAUGUCAACUCUCAUACAUUAACCCGCAUUCAUGAGGGUACCAGCCCUGGCAGUGCUUUCAAGGCUCACUUCAUCAUUCGCGUCAAGUCUCCAGGCCACUUACAAGCUAAGCUAGAGGAACCUCAAUAUGCACAGUUCCAUCAAAAUUUACGUAACAAAAUCUUCUUGCCUGAUGACCUUAAAUAUAAGUCAGUACAAAAUCUUGAUAAACCUUUCGAAAUCAUUGUCGAAGGUGGUCGCUUCCAAUCAAUGAAUUUGCCUUCUUCUUUUUCGGUCGCACACGAGAAUUUACUUAAAGGUCUAAUUAGCGCUCUGCAGGUAGAUUUAUCUUCUCACCGUCACCUCCAUAGUACUGACAAUUUUGAUAAAGAACGCCAACAGGGUCUGUUCAGGAAGUUCGAAACAGACGUUACCGGUGACUGUGAAACACUGUACUCUGUUUCACCUGUAGCCGCUGAUUGGAGACGAGAACUACCACAAUUUGCUUCAGAAGAAGACCCAAUGGAGAUUUCUAAGAGCAGGCACUAUGGAAAUUGCCACCAUCGCGUAGCUUACCACUUUGGUGUUCCGGAAGGUGCUGAAUGGACAGGAACUGCACACAAAACCAAUGAGAGGCAGUUUAUCUCGCAUAGUUCUGUCGCUCGUAUGCUUGUUGGUAAGCAAGGUCCCAUCUACAAAGCUGAAACGACCAGCUAUGUUCACGUGCAUCCUCAUGUGUAUGGAAAACAAAAAGCUGAAGUUCACAGUCAUGUUAAACUUGCGCUCGUUUCUAUUGAACGAGACAAUGAUGUUGAAUGGCAGAAACCUGAAGGACAUCGACAAGUUACGACUUUACUUUUUGCCAUGACGACCAAACAACAUAAUAUUCACGGUCUGUCACCCUCACCGUUGCAAUCUUCGGAAGAAUCCCAUGAAUCCAAUGAACAUACAAAGGUGUCAUUCGAAGAAUCUCAAAAUGAAGCUCAACGAUCUGAAAGCUCCAGUUCCAGUGACUCAUCAUCAACAUACAGAAAUGAUGAUAUGCCAAAUAUAAACGAACCAGUAUAUGCUGCCAUGUACUUGGAUUCCGAAUCUCAUAGUGAUAAAAAACAAAACCCCAUGAAUGCCCAGAAAUUACUUUUAGACAUGGCUCAACAGUUACAAAAUCCAAACAACUUACCUAAGGCCGACUUCCUUAGUAAAUUUAACAUCCUUGUCCGUGUUAUUGCUUUAAUGAGCUCAGAGCAGUUGGCCCAAACAAGUCACAGUAUCGAAGUAGCCAAAACCUCAAACAAUUUUGUUAAAGCUGACAUGUGGAUGAUUUACCGUGAUGCUAUGAUCCAAUGUGGGACGCCUCCUUCCUUCCAACAAUUCAUAAAAUGGGUUAAGAGUAAGAAAAUACACGGUGAAGAGGCCGCUCAGGCUGUUGCUUCUUUAGCUAAAACGCUGCGUUAUCCUACCAAGGAAAUAAUGACACAGUUCUUCGAUUUAGCCAUGAGUCCUGAGGUCCAGGAACAGAACUUUUUCAACUCUAGCGCAUUGAUUGCUGCCACGACAUUUAUACGUUUGGGUCAAGUAAACAAUGAGACAGCUCGGAACUACUACCCUAGCCAGAUGUAUGGACGCUUAGCCCCUGUACAUGAUCGAUUCGUUCUCGAUUACGUUCUUCCUCAACUAUCUGAAAAACUAAAACAUGCUCUACAAAAAGAUGAAAGAAGCAAAGCCAUGCUGUAUAUUAAAGCUAUCGGUAACUUGGGUCACCGUGAGAUCUUGCAGGUUUUCGCGCCUUACUUAGAAGGUCAUUAUCAAGUGUCCACUUACCUUCGGGUGCAAAUGAUUUCAGAACUAAGAUUUCUGGUCGAUCAGAAUGACAAAUAUAUACGAGAUGUACUUUACACUAUCAUGAGAAAUACUGCUGAAGCUUAUGAAGUCAGAGUUGCUGCAGUCCUGAAUAUGUUUAGGGCUAACCCAACGACGGUUAUGAUGCAGGUGAUGGCUGAAAUGACAAUUCAUGAUCCUAGUAUCCAUGUGCGUGCUGCUCUUAAGUAUGGUAUCGAAACAGCAGCCAACUUAAAGGAUCCCCGUUAUUGGAAUUUAUCAAAAUCAGCCCAAGCUGUCAAGGACUUAGUAACACCAGAUGACCUUGGUGUUUGGUACUCCAAUGCAGUGUUUUUCGAUAACUACGACAGUAAUGAAUAUGAGAACGACCCAUAUUUCCGUGAGAUAUCUUAUAUCGGUAGUGAAGACGGCGCCGCACCUAAAAAGGAAAGACUUACAUGGAGGUAUAAAAUUGGUGGAUUAGCUGCUGAAAAUAAUGUUGAUUGGUCAUUCUCUAGUGCUAAAGAUUUUGCAGAUUACAUUAAGCAGAUGAUCUUCGAACCUCGUAAAUCUGAUGCUCUGCAUAGAUAUUCUGCUAAAAAGAUUUCUGAAAUGUUAAAUAUCAAACACAACAAGCCAGAUGAACUUGAAAGUUCUUUCUACAUUGAAACUUUAAACCAUGAGAGGUUCUUAGCAUUGGAUGCAGUAGAUUUAAAAAAAUUGGCACUGGACGUUGGCGAAUAUUUCAAAGAAAUGGAAAAAGGUGUUGAGAUGCGUUACACCAAGGUUUUCAACGCAAAACAAAUAUCUGUUAUGUUCCCCAUCGCUACAGGUGUCCCAUUCAUCUACAAGUAUAAGGAACCCGUUCUUGUACAUAUCUACAGUAAAGCCAGCGGUAAAAUAAACAAUGACAAAAAGGAUGUAUCUGCUAAAAUGAAUAAAGAAGUAAUGUUUACAGUAGCCGCGAACGUUGACGGUAGCGUUGGCUUUACAGAUACCUUUAGUAACCAGUUAGCAAGUGCUGGAGUUGUUAAGAAAUACCAACUUAACGUUCCUAUUAAAAUGACCAUUGAAGCAAAAUCUGGCGAAUUUAAAAUGAGGGCAGAGCCCUUGCGACCAAAUCAAGACACAACCAUUGUUCAUUUCAGUAUGUGGCCAUACUCUACCAUACAGAAGAAAGAUUCUUUGACACCCAUUUCACAAGACCCUUCAACAAAAUUAGUCCAGCGGCCUAAGAAAGUGUCGAACACCGACUUCAAAUUUGGUCAAGAAAUUGGCAAUAUUUUCCAUAUUCAAGGAUAUUCUUUCUCCAAAAACUUUAGACAUGCGAAUAAUCCACUUCAAGCUCUGUUUAACAUCGGCGAUUUUCUUAAAAUAAAUGAUCUGGCUCAAACUCAUUACAACAUAAGAUAUCUUGGCAAGCAGUCGAAGAAUAAGGCGAUGACAUUUACAGCUGUCUAUGACGAAUAUUACAACCAACAACAAGGUGGUGAAUUUGGACAAGCUAAAAAGACUAAUGAUUUCAAAGCAAACAGUAAAGCCCGUCGAGAAGAAAUGGCAAAACAGGUUUCCUUAGGUUUACAUACAGCUGAAGCCUCAGUUUUAGACUUAAGUGCUAGAUUUGAAGGUUCACAGGAAGAAGAGUAUCUACUCACAGCAGCAUUUUCUUAUAGCCCUGUACAACGUAAAAAUCAAGCUGCUAUUUUCCUUGGAAGAACUUCUGUACAGCAUGGACACGAGCAAAUUAAUGCUAUCGUUAAGGUUCACAACCCUGAGUUGACACCUCUAAACUUCUUUGAAUCUCUCAAAAAUAACAAAGAGGCGACUUUCGAAAUUGAUGUUAUGUGUGGACUAAAUGGAAAUAUUCAUAUACAGUCAAACUCGGAACGUAGCCAGAAAUACACGCAACAGCUGAAACGUCACCCCAUGGCACAUGAGUGUGGACAAGAAAUGAAUAAAAACAAUCAAUACCAAUUAGCUUGUCACAAGAUGCUUGUGAGAUCUCAUGCUCCUGAUCAUAUUAAAACUUCUGUAACCUACAAAAAUUUAAGCCCUGAAUUCUUAUAUAUAGCGUCUCAAGCCUAUGAAAUUCUUGAACCACUGAAUGCUGACCCUAACCCACUGAAUAAGGUAGCUGAUGGCAAACUAGAGUUAGAAGCGGAAGCAUCGUAUAAUGCAAACAGUCUAAGCUUUAACAUGACUUCAUCAAAAGGAAUAUUACGUUUCGAAAAUGUACCUAUACCAGAUUUUGCACCCUACCUGAUGUCUUCAUAUUCACCGUUCAGCGCCAUGAGCGGAUUUGAACACUUUGCUAAUUUCAAAACCAACGACAGAUAUCAGCCUUUCUGUACAGUUGACGGUGUAAAAGUAAAGACCUUCAGUAGUCGCUCCUAUGAAUAUGAAUUAUCGCGUUCCUGGCACGUUGUGAUGCAGCAGGAAGACUGUAAGGAACGAGGCAAAUGGGAUGAAUUAGUAAUCCUGUCUAGAAGACCUAGUGCGAAACAACAACAAGUUUACAUUUCCCAUAAGACCGAGACGGGUCACGAUCUCGAAAUAGAUAUUCAUCCUUCAGCCGCAAACAACAAAGCUGAUGUGAAGGUUAAAACUAAUGGUAAGAAGAUCUCCGAUGGCAACCUUACAACUUACUGGGACGACGCUGCAGAAGCACCUCUCUUACAAUACUACAUACACCCUGAUGGUGUACUCUUGCUGAACAUCCGCAAUGGACAUCUUCGUAUUAUGUUCGAUGGACAACGACUGGUUGUUUCAACUUCUGAAUACCGUAAAAGCACGAGAGGUAUUUGUGGUCGUAACACUGGUGAGCCCCGAGACGAUUUUGAAACUCCCAAGGGCCUGGUUGAUCAGCCCGAAUAUUACGGAGCGUCCUAUUCUUUAGAUGACGAAAGCAGUGACCCUAAGACACAAGAAUGGAAAAAAGAAGCUCAGAAAAAUGCUUACCAAGCCAAAACAAAGUAUACGAAAAUUCUAAGGUCAGCUUCGGAGUGGAAACAACCCUGGGGAAAGCAUGAAGAAAAUAAAAGCGUUUACAGGACUAGGUGCUACGAUAAACAACGUGGGAAAUGUCAAGUACAUCAGCAGGUGCAGUACCACGAGAACCAUAGAGAGAUCUGUAUAACUAAUACACCUUUGGAUUCUUGUCAGUCCCACUGCCGCGGUGAGAACUACCAUGUUAAAUCCGUUCAGGUGAUUUGCAAAUCAAAAUCUGACAAACAGUUCAAGUUGUACAAGGAUCAAAUCAAACAGGGGCAAAGUCCUAAAGUAUCGGGAGUAACUAAACAAGAACAAUACAGAGUGCCGACCUCAUGUAAACCAUAA